GGCACGCGACGGCACGCGAAUCAGUUCGAUCGGCUUGCGACAAAAGGGGCUGAGGUCUUUCGCCAUGUUGCCGGGAUUAGAUAAAUAGCAGAUGGGGGCAUAGAUCGGCCUUAGACCCCAUCAUGAGCCCGUCCCGGCCGGGCUUGCUCCCAUGGAAGCACCAUCGACGGAAACUAGAAUAAUUCCUCUCAGUUUCUAUCGUCUUUUCCACCUUUUCUGACUCCUUGUAGCCUAGUAUCGACACCGCAUCCAUCGAAACUAAACAUCACUCGCCCGUCAAACGAAAUAUUCAACGCAAGGUGGUUGCCGUGCUCUUUCUCCGUAGACGGCCAUACUAUUUUUUCCCUGAUAUGCACGAAUCUGAUUGCAAGUGAGUGACAAUAUGGCGUCGACGUUACCCUUGACUGACAGUUGCCGAGAUAGUUGGGGAUGGAACCCCGAGGACAAGUCCCCAGACGUAUGCUUGAAAGGUCCCCGGAACCAAACAGCCUUCUUCCACCCGAAUUGGUCAAUCGGAGCAGCCGGGGUACGGGGGACACGCCCUUUGCUUCAAGGUCACUGUUACUACUGGGAGAUCGAAGUAGCGCCGAGGAUCUACGGUACAAGCAUGAUGGUCGGGAUAGGCUCUCCGAAGGCUCGUCUGCAUGCCGAUUCCUUCAUCAACCUCAUCGGCGAAAACAACGAGAGCUGGGGCCUUUCACACAAAGGUACUUUCUGGCACAACGGCGACUCGACCGUGUUCACACAACCGUUUCUCGAGAACACCUUGACCACCGUCGGCAUCCUCUUCGACGGACGGAAAGGAACGCUCACCUUCUUCAAGGAUGGCGAACUCCUGGGCCAGGCGAGCAAGGAUUUGAACAAACCCGACGACGACCUCUACCCGAUCAUCUGUUCGACGGCGGCGAAGACGGAGAUGACGCUUGUUCGUGCUCGACGAAGCUUCGUUUCGCUCUUUGAUCGAUGUCGAAACGUCAUCGCGACGAGCAUCGCCAAGAAGGAGCUUGCUCACAUGCUGCCAAUACCGAAUGCUCUCAAGAACAUCAUACUGGAUUCAAUGUGAACGAGAUUGUGAAAGACCUCUGUGAUGCUGCAUCUUAGUUUCGUCAUCGAUGACGCGUUCAACCUCCUAAUUGUCGAGGAACGACCAUGCCUUGGUUGACAUCAGAUGCCCGGAUGAGCCGGUCGAUGGACCCAGUGAUGAGGAUAGACCGCGAGGCUGUUCCAGAGUUAAACCAGACCAGGGUUGUCUAGCCAGCUAUCGGGGUCUGAAGAUCAGAUAGAUUGUGGUCUACUGGUCUCGUCGACUUCAUCAGCCAAGAGUACGCCAGCAAGUUCUCAGCCACCUCGAUUUUACCACGACCAUCGGAUGGGCGGUAGUAUAGAUAUCUAUAGUAGUUCAACAGUAACCAUUUUUGUGUGCCUAACCCGUUACCAUGGUAAUAUUCUGUCAUUGAAAUGCACUUGGGCUCAGGUAGCUAAGCAAAUAUGGCAUCAACAUGUUUGUACUAUUACCUCGCUUUACGUUUUCGUGCUCGCACAUGCCUCGCACGCUCACCAUUUCGUUUCAUAAAUCAUACGAGCAAUGUUGGCAAAAGCCUUACGAAGCGGGGCAAAAGUAAUGUUUGAUAUUGCAAUUGCAAUGUGUAAUGGUAAAUGUCUCGUCUCCGUUGGGAAAGAGAGAAAGACGAGUGCGGCUGAUACGAAAUAAGGAUACAGACAAAAGUGUGCCAUGUAUGUUUGUUGCUAUGGGGAAAACGAGACUCGAGACCAAUGCGCACGCGCCGACCAAGCGUGAACGCUGAUUGGUCGAGAGUUUCGUCUCGCUUUCUCACUCCACAUGUGGUGACAUAUGGCGUGCGAUGCGAGGCAACAGCAACCUGUCUUUCUGCUGGGUUUUCAUCUGAUAUUGAUAUUGCAUGUUCUUUAUUCCCCCUGCAUGCUUGAUAAGUAGUCCAUCACCAUGAUCACAGCCUAAUUUAAUAGGUGAGACGUCGUUCGAGUAACGGCAAAGAAGACGCGCUUUAUAUUCAAGCCCGGGGCAUCUCAAAGGCCUUUAUUUUGUUUGUAGCAGUGGUCCCAUCGCUGACCCCACCUUGCGCUCACUCUACACCGACCCGGCGGCCAGCCAUCCAGCUUGAUGGCCAGUAGGCCUAUAGACUGGACAUCCAAUUUGAGGCGAGACGAGGGCUGCAUAAUAACACGAUCACGAGUACGAACAAAGGCCAGCUGCUGAUUGGGAGACUGAACGAGGACGGCAGAAAGUGCGAGCCCAACUUCCUUUCUGAAAUCCCAAUCUAAUAUAAUUUCCCCUCUGCGUCGGUUUAGGGGCUCGCCUGCCUGCGCCGACGUCCGGGCUGUUCGCCCACCGCCGCUUGGAAGGCGGGCAGCCAGCCUUGCGCAUCCCACAGGCCCCUGUUGGCUUUGUUCCCCUUUAUAAACUGCUAAAAAGAUCCCAGUAAGGCGAGCUGCAGGCCUACAUCACACAAACACGGAUCGGGUGAAUCCGUCCUCGCCCAACCCCUCCCUCGAUACAGAUGAGCCAUUCCCCUCUUUUGAAAAAAGUGAAACAAAGAGAAUUGAUCAAGUUAAACCUUUUGUCAUGUUUGUAGGAAGCAUAAUACAAUUUAGCUUCGAGAAACAAAGCUCCCAAGACAGCAGGCCUUUUACCUACCCUUAUAAAACGCUGUAGUGCCUCGGAUACCGGUAUAAUUUAUGAAAAUUAUACCGGUA